AUGGAAGUAGGAUACGACUAUACAACAGAAGUAUAUUCAACUACAGACGCAGAUUAUUUCGAACUAUCCACUACAGACGAUUUUGAUAUCGAUGAGUUUAUGACAGCAAAGUUUGAUGCAAAAACUAAAGUCAAAAGAAAUGUAAUGCUCGAAGAAAUAAAAGAUUACAAAGAGUUACCGAAUCGACCUAUUUUUGUAGAUUAUAUAUUUCUUGAAGAGCCAUUUGAAAUAGAUGAUAAAAAUAAUACUAAAGAAGAGGAAGAUGUAUUAAGAACUAUGAUCACAAAAAAAGUUUUAGAUAAUGAAACGAAAACAGUUACGAAAGAUGAUACUGAAGAAAAUAUGACAACUACAGAUAAAAAUCACAUUAAAGAAUUAAACAAUAAUAUCUCGGAAAGAUUAAUCGAAUCAAAAUAUGAUAAAAAUGAGGUAAAUUUAGAAGAGAGUAAUAGAGAAGAUCUCAUGAAGCCUUCAACAACGAAAGAAGGUUAUCUGAUUGGUGACGAAUUUAACCAUGAAGUCAAAAGUCAAUCAACAGUAGAACCGCUUGAAAUAACGACUGAUAGCAACGAAAACAAUAACGAUGGAAGAUUAGAAAUAAAUUUACUAACAGAUCUGGUAGAUAUGAGUAAAAUGUCGACAAGGAGUCCAGAAGACGUUGAAAUGUUUACUGGAAUGUUGAAAGCAGGUCAUCCAGAUACGGUAAGUUUAAUGAAUUGUUAUGCUUACGCGUUCCAUGAUUUGUGA